UCAACCAGUCUAACGUCAGUGUCAAUUUAAUUGAUAUCACACAUUGGGUUUGCUGUCAUUUGUUAUGAUAAUGAAAAUAUCCUGAGAUAAGAUUAAUUAAGUUAUUCUUACAUCUGGUACUACAUCAGUUUACACCGCUAACAUGUCUGGGUUUGAUGAAAAUCCCUUUGGCGACCCCACGAUAGACAACCCGUUUGCUGACCCCUCAGUUCAGCAGGUUGCAAGAAAUACCAACGCACAGAUUAGGGUUGACGAUUAUAACCCCUUUGAUAAUCAAACAGGAUCAGCACAGAUACCAUAUGCUGCGACAGUACCCUCAAACAGUGGGCCGGCAAUCAUGCAGCCCACUGAAGAACCACCAGCUUAUACCAAAAGUGCACAGCAAAUAGUCCAACAACCAAAGCCUGCUAUUAAUACGGAUGAACUUCAGAGGCGACAAGAAGAACUGGAAAGAAAAGAACAAGAACUGACAAGAAGGGAAGAGGAAAUGCGACAGUCCUCAUACAAUGUUCGACGUAAUAAUUGGCCACCUCUUCCAGAACAGUGCUGUUUUCAGCCAUGCUUCUACCAAGAUAUUCAAGUUGAUAUACCGUUAGAAUUUCAGAAAAUUGUGCGCCACUUGUAUUACCUCUGGAUUUUCCAUGGUGUUGUAAUGAUAGCUAACAUCUUUGGAGGAAUUCUGCUUGAGAAUAUGACUAUUGUUGGUGUAGGCAUUCUUUACACGCUCCUAUUUACCCCGUUUUCUUAUCUCUGCUGGUUUAGACCAGCCUACAAAGCGUUCCGCUCCGACUCCUCUUUUAAUUUCAUGGUCUUUUUCUUCAUUUUCUUUUUCCAAUUUGUUGUAACAACUGUACAUGCUAUUGGAAUCUCCGGGACUGGAACCAUAGGUAUUUUUACUGCCAUAUUAACAUUUCAAAAGACGCCCUGGAGCAUUUUUACUGGAAUCAUCGCGAUAAUAAUAGCUUUAGCUUUCGCGUUUGCUGCCGCAGCGGAUCUCUUCAUGAUCAGCAAAAUCCAUAGAAUGUAUCGAAGUACUGGUGCCAGUAUGGUAAAGGCCAGGCAGGAAUUCACGGACGUUGUCUUACGAAACCAGCACGUUAGAAGUGCUGCCAGUAACGUAGCUGCUGCUGCAGUACAGUCACAGUUUUCGCAAAAUAAUACCAAUAAUACUACUAAUAAUAGAUACUAAGUAGAAAAAUAUCUUUGAAAUUUGCUAGUUUAUUCAGUAUUUUAAUAUAUUUUUUGCAAAGUUACACGUGACAACACUAAAUUUGUUUGAAUUUAUUUUUCAUUUAUAAUCCUUAUUAUUUAUUAUUAAUUAAGUUUUUUCGGCCUGAUUAGUUUACGAGAAUGUGAUCAGAUCUAGAAUGCUAAAUUUGUACUAGCUCUACACUACAUCGACUCGUAGGUUGUACAUACAUUAUGUUUAAUCUACUCCUAUUUAUAUCAUUAUAGUGUUACUUGUGUUAGUUUAUCCAUUUUAAUCUGCGAUACUAAUUACCUAUAUGCCUUUGGAACUAUUCGAUUUGGUGUUCUGUACUUAAGGUCAUUCCCUUUGGUGAUCAAAUCUGCGACUAUAACAUUAACUAUUUUUUAUAUUUAAUAUUUUGAUUUAAAAUUUAGUAGAUGUGUGAAUUCAUUACAUUGUUAUGUUUAUUUCCAAAAUAAAGUUCCACUACAUUAA